AUGGGGCCCCAGGGCAAUAGGGGAUCAUGGGGCCCCUGUGUCCUUGCCCAAACUCAAAAAAGCCUAUGAAAGGAAUUUGUUCCGUGGGAUCACCAAAAAUUCCCGGCCGAACAACACCUACAUCCAAUCAGAUGCAGCCAGUGCCCAAGUAUGCUGAAGGUGUCGCAGGGUACUCCGACCAGGGGCGGACUGACAUCUCAUGGGGCCCCCGGGCAAUAGGGGAUCAUGGGGCCCCUGUGUCCUAGCCCAAACUCAAAAAAACCUAUGAAAAAGGUACCAGGGGCAUCUCAUGGGGCCCCCUACUGACCCCAGGCCCUCGGGUAGUGCCCCAGUUUCCAAAUGGUCAGUCCGCCCCUG